AUGGGCAACGAGGCUAGUCUGGAGGGCGGCACUGGCGAAGGGCCGCUGCCUCCCGGGGGCCCAGGUCCCGGCCCCGGCUCCGGCUCAGGGAAGCCACCUUCAGCACCGGCCGGCGGCGGACAGCUCCCCGCGGUUGGGGCGGCGAGGGUGACUACGGGACCACCGGCCCCUGGCGCUGGCCCUGGCCCCGGCCCCGGGGUCACGAUCAGGUAAGCGCGCAUCUCAGCGCCCGGUGGUGUUUCUCGGAGACUGGACCCCAAGGAGUCCCUGGGUAGCCAGAGAGCAGCUUCCCCAACUCCAAAGCAGGCUUCUGCUACUGUUUCCAGCAAUGAGAGCCCCCGGGAGACAAAGGCACAGGGCCCAGCAGGCCGGGAAGCUGACGGUCCCCGCAGGACGCUGCAGGUGGACAGCAGGACACAGAGAUCAGGGCGGUCCCCCUCGGUGUCACCGGACAGAGGCAGCACCCCCACAUCACCCUACUCCGUCCCCCAGAUUGCCCCUCUUCCCAGCAGCACCCUGUGUCCCAUAUGCAAGACCUCGGAUCUCACGUCGACCCCCAGCCAGCCAAACUUCAACACCUGUACCCAGUGUCACAACAAGGUCUGCAACCAGUGUGGGUUCAAUCCCAAUCCUCAUCUCACCCAGGUGAAGGAGUGGCUCUGUCUGAACUGUCAGAUGCAGAGGGCUCUGGGAAUGGACAUGACCACUGCUCCUCGCUCCAAGAGCCAGCAGCAGCUGCACUCCCCAGCCCUGUCUCCUGCCCACUCCCCAGCCAAACAGCCCCUGGGGAAGCCGGAGCAAGAGAGAUCUCAGGGCUCAGGGGGACCACAGCCUGGCCCCCUCCAGGCUGAGACAGCCAGGGCCACCUCAGUGCCGGGGCCUGCCCAAACAGCCGCCCCUCCAGAGAUGGGGAAGGUGUCACCUCAGCCCCCUCUCCCCACAAAGCCUUGCAAAGCUGAGCCCAGGCCACCUGCAGGAGAGGCCCCAGCCAAAAGUGCCACUGCAGUGCCCUCUGGGCUUGGUGCUGCUGAGCAGACCCAGGAAGGCCUCACCGGGAAGCUCUUCGGCCUCGGUGCAUCACUGCUGACCCAGGCGAGCACCCUCAUGUCUGUGCAGCCUGAGGCUGAGCCCCAGGGCCAGCCUACCCCCAGCAAGGGGCCGCCCAAGAUCAUCUUCAGUGAUGCAAGUAAGGAGGCUGGCUCGAAACCCCCUGGCUCGGGGCCUGUGCCUGGGCCAACACCUGGAGCCAAAACUGAGCCUGAGGCUAGAAAAGGUCCUGGAUCAGUGCCUGGACCCCUGGCAAAAACUGGAGGAACAACCAGUCCAAAGCAUGGCAGAGCAGAACAUCAGGCAGCAUCCAAAGCUGCUGCCAAGCCAAAGACCAUGCCGAAGGAAAGGGCCACCUGCCCACUGUGCCAAGCUGAGCUCAAUGUGGGCAGCAAGGGCCCAGCCAACUAUAACACCUGCACCACCUGCAAGCUCCAGGUGUGCAACCUGUGUGGCUUCAACCCAACGCCUCACCUGAUGGAGAAAACAGAGUGGCUUUGUCUGAACUGCCAAACUAAGCGGCUGUUGGAGGGCAGCCUGGGAGAGCCCAGCCCUCUGCCACUGCCCACCUCACAGCAGCCUCCUGCAGGGGCCCCUCACCGUGCAGCUGGAACAGGCCCUCUGAAGCAGAAAGGACCACAGGGACUGGGUCAGCCUUCCGGCGUCCCACCUGCCAAGGCCAGCCCCCAACCCACCAAGGCCAGCCCCUUGCCCACCAAGGCCAGCCCCCAAGCCAAGCCCCUCAGGGCUUCUGAACCCAGCAGGACCCCAAGCAGUACCCAGGAAAAGAAGACAGGAGUCCCUGCUAAAGCUGAGCCGGUGCCGAAGCCACCUCCAGGGACUACCCUGCCUCCUGGGAUUCCUAAAGUAAAGAGUGGGAUGAGGAGGACUGAACCUGCCACCCCUGUCGUCAAGGCUGUUCCAGAAGCCCCCAAGGGUGGGGAGGUGGAGGAACUGGUGGGCAAGCCUUACUCUCAGGACCUGUCCCGGAGCCCACAGAGCCUCAGCGACACAGGCUAUUCCUCUGAUGGCAUCUCCAGCUCCCAGAGUGAGAUCACAGGCGUUGUGCAACAGGAGGUGGAGCAGCUGGACAGUGCAGGGGUGAUGGGGCCACGCCCACCCAGCCCCUCAGAGCUCCACAAGGUGGGGAGCAGCAUGCAGCCUUUGCUGGAGGCCCAGGGCCUGGCCCCCAGUGGGGAGCAGAGCAAGCCACCCUGCAGCAGCGCUGGUGAGGAGCAGAAGCGGCGGCCCCACUCCUUGUCCAUCGUGCCUGAGGCCUUUGACUCUGAUGAGGAGCUGGAGGAUAUCCUAGAGGAAGAGGAAGACUCUCUCAAGUGGGGGCGCCCGAGGGACCAGCGGGACACAGCUGAGUCCUCAGAUGAUUUUGGCAGCCAGCUGAGGCAUGACUAUGUGGAGGACAGCAGUGAGGGAGGACUGUCCCCUCUUCCACCCCAACCCCCAGUCCGGGUAGUAGAACUGACUGAUGAGGAGUUCAUGCGACGGCAGAUCCUAGAGAUGAGUGCUGAGGAAGACAACCUGGAGGAGGAUGACACUGCCACCUCCGGGCAUGGCCUGGCCAAACGUGGCAUCCAGAAGGGUGGCUCCAGGCCCAGGUCCGAGCCUAGCCAAGACCCAGGAACACUGCCUAAGAGGCGCCUGCCCCACAAUGCCACCACAGGCUAUGAGGAGCUGCUGUCUGAGGGAGGCCCAGCAGAGGCCACCGAUGGCAGUGGGGCCCUGCAGGGUGGGCUCCGCCGAUUCAAGACUAUUGAACUCAACAGCACGGGCAGCUACAGCCACGAGCUAGACCUGGGCCAGGACCCUGACCCCAGCCUGGACCGGGAGCCGGAGCUGGAGAUGGAGAGCCUGACAGGCUCGCCUGAGGACCGCUCCCGUGGGGAGCACUCCUCUACCCUGCCUGCCUCCACGCCCAGCUACACCUCGGGUACCUCACCCACCUCCCUAUCAUCGCUAGAGGAGGACAGUGACAGCAGUCCCAGCCGCCGGCAGCGGCUGGAGGAAGUGAAACAGCAGCGCAAGGCCCGGCACCGCUCGCAUGGGCCCCUGCUGCCCACCAUCGAGGACUCCUCGGAGGAGGAGGAGCUGCGGGAGGAGGAGGAACUGCUGCGCGAGCAGGAGAAGAUGCGGGAGGUAGAGCAGCAACGCAUCCGCAGCACUGCCCGCAAGACCCGGCGUGACAAGGAAGAACUGCGGGCCCAGCGGAGGCGCGAGCGCUCCAAGACGCCACCCAGUAACCUGUCGCCCAUUGAGGACGCCUCCCCUACAGAGGAGCUGAGGCAGGCAGCCGAGAUGGAGGAGCUACACCGCUCCUCCUGCUCUGAGUACUCUCCCUCACCCUCCCUUGACUCAGAGGCUGAGGCCCAGGAUGGUGGCCCCGCCAGGCUCUACAAGUCAGGCAGUGAGUACAAUCUGCCCACCUUCAUGUCGCUCUACUCACCAACUGAGACACCCUCGGGCAGCGCCACCGCUCCCAGUUCCGGACGACCCCUCAAGAGCGCCGAGGAGGCCUACGAGGAGAUGAUGAGAAAGGCCGAGCUGCUCCAGCGGCAACAGGGCCGGGUGGCAGGAGCCCAGGGGCCCCAUGGUGGCCCCUCUCAGCCCACUGUCCCCCGGGCCCAGGGCUCCUUUGAAUACCAAGACACCCCAGACCGUGCCUAUGGCAGGGCUGCUCAGCCUGUCUCAGAGGGCACAGCGGCCAGCCAGGGAGCAGCCGUGUACGAGGAGAUCCUUCAGACUUCACAGAGCAUAGUCCGCAUGCGGCAGGCCUCCUCACGGGACCUGGCCUUUGCUGAGGACAAGAAGAAGGAGAAGCAGUUUCUGGAUGCCGAGAGUGCGUACAUGGACCCAAUGAAGCAAAAUGGUGGCCCACUUACCCCUGGUACCAGUCCCACCCAGCUGGCUGCCCCUGUGUCCUUCUCCACCUCGACCACCUCGGACAGCAGUGGGAGCCGAGUUAUUCCUGACGUCCGUGUCACUCAGCAUUUUGCAAAGGAGCCUCAGGACCACCUCAAGCUGCACAGCUCUCCUGCCUCCCCCAGUUCAGCCUCCAAGGAGGUAGGCAUGUCUUUCUCCCAGGGCCCUGGGACCUUAGCCACCACAGCUGUGGCUCCUUGUCCGGCUGGCUUGCCACGAGGAUAUGUGACUCCAACCUCCCCAGCGGGCUCUGAGCGCAGUCCUUCACCAUCUUCCACAGGCCACAGAUAUGGACAGAGCCCAACCACUGCAAACUAUGGGUCCCAAACUGAGGAGCUACCCCAAGCCCCCAGUGGCCCUGCUGCAGGUGGACGGACUGCCAGAGAGAAGGCCCUGAGUGGGAGUGACGGCGAGGGUGGCACUCCCCAGCCUUCCCGGGGAUAUUCCUACUUUACAGGCUCCAGCCCACCUCUCUCCCCAUCUUCCCCCUCAGAGAGUCCCACACUCUACCCUGUCAAGCUGGGUCCAAGGGCUACAGCAGAGUUCUCUACACAGACGCCAAGCCCAACCCCUGCCUCAGACAUGCCACGGAGCCCUGGUGCCCCCCCUCCAACACCCAUGGUAGCCCAGGGCACACAAACACCACACCGACCCAGCACACCUCGCCUGGUGUGGCAACAGUCCUCUCAGGAGGCUCCCUUUAUGGUCAUCACACUGGCAUCAGAUGCCUCUAGCCAGACCAGGAUGGUACAUGCCAGUGCCUCCACCUCCCCAGUGUGCUCACCUACUGACACCCAGGCUACCACCCACAGCUACAGCCAGACAACACCUCCGAGUGUGUCUCAGCUGCCCCCAGCACCACCUGGACCACCUGUGUUCCCACGGGUGCCCAGUGCUGGUGCAGAUGGGCCCCUGGCCCUAUAUGGCUGGGGUGCCCUUCCUGCAGAGAACAUCUCCCUGUGCCGUAUCUCCUCUGUCCCUGGAACUUCUAGGGUUGAGCCAGGCCCCAAGCCCCCUGGCAGUGCAGUGGUAGACCUUCGCAUGGCCAUCAAACCCACACCCAUCAUUCUCACUGACCAGGGCAUGGACCUGACCUCUCUUGCUGUGGAAGCGAGGAAGUAUGGCCUUACCCUGGAUCCAAUCCCAGGGCGGCAGUCAACCGCUGUGCAGCCCUUGGUUAUCAACCUCAAUGCUCAGGAGCAGACUCAUGCUUUCCUUGGUGUUUCCACUACUGUGAGCAUCACCGUGGCCUCGUCUGUGCUCAUGGCUCAGCAAAAGCAGCCUGUGGUCUAUGGAGACCCCUUCCAGAGCCGGAUCGACUUUGGUCAGGGCACGGGUAGCCCCGUGUGCUUGGCCCAGGUCAAGCAGGUAGAGCAGGCUGUCCAGACAGCCCCAUACCGAGGUGGGCCCCGGGGAAGGCCCAGGGAAACCAAGCUUGCCAGGUAUAGCCUGCCCAACCAGGUAGCACCUCUGGCCAGAAGGGACAUUUUGAUCACUCAAAUGGGCACUGCCCAGAGCGUUGGCCUCAAGUCAGGCCCAGUGCCAGAGCCUGGUGCCGAGCCCCACAGGGCCACCCCUGCAGAGCUGCGGUCACAUGCUGCUCUGCCAGGUGCCAGGAAGCCACACACAGUGGUGGUGCAGAUGGGAGAGGGCACAGCAGGUACUGUGACCACACUGCUCCCAGAGGAGCCAGCGGGUGCCCUGGACCUCACCGGGAUGAGGCCUGAGAGCCAGGUGGCAUGCUGCGACAUGGUCUACAAGUUCCCCUUUGGCAGUAGCUGCACUGGCACCUUCCACCCUGCCCCCAGUGCACCUGAGAAGAGCGUGGCAGAUGCUACCCUACCUGGCCAAAGCAGCAGCCCCUUCUACACUACCCGGGAACCUGAGCCCCCCGAACCCCCCACCUACCAGGCACAGGGGGUUGUGGGGCCUGGGACCCACGAGGAGCAGAGGCCCUACCCUCAGGUCCUCCCUGGCAGGCUGUACUCCUCCAUGUCUGACACCAAUUUGUCUGAGGCUGGCCUCAAUUACCAUGCCCACAGGAUUGGGCAGCUCUUCCAGGGCCCUGGACGAGACUCAGCUGUGGAUCUCAGCUCACUGAAGCACUCCUACAGCCUGGGCUUUGCAGAUGGACGCUACCUAGGGCAGGGCUUGCAGUAUGGUUCAUUCACGGACCUGCGUCAUCCCACAGACCUUUUGACUCACCCACUUCCCAUGCGGCGCUAUAGCUCAGUGUCAAACAUCUACUCAGACCACAGGUAUGGCUCACGGGGAGACACAGUUGGCUUCCAGGAGGCCAGCCUGGCCCAGUACAGUGCCACCACGGCCCGGGAGAUCAGCCGCAUGUGCGCUGCCCUCAACUCCAUGGACCAGUAUGGCGGGCGGCAUGGCAGCAGUGGUGGUGGCCCUGACCUUGUGCAGUACCAGCCCCAGCAUGGGCCUGGGCUCAGUGGUGCACAGGGUCUGGCUCCCCUCAGACCUGGCCUCCUUGGUAACCCCACCUUUCCAGAGGGCCACCCAAGUCCUGGGAACCUGGCCCAGUUUGGGCCUGCAGCAGGCCAGGGAAUGGCAGUUAGACAGCUGCUGCCAUCCACAGCCACUGUGCGUGCAGCUGAUGGCAUGAUCUACUCGACUAUCAACACCCCAAUUGCUGCAACACUGCCCAUCACCACCCAGCCCACCUCAGUACUGCGGCCCAUGGUGCGUGGUGGCAUGUACAGGCCUUAUGCAUCGGGUGGAGUCACAGCCGUGCCACUCACCAGCCUGACGCGCAUGCCCAUGAUUGCCCCCCGGGUACCUCUUGGGCCCACUGGGCUGUACCGAUAUCCUGCACCAAGUAGAUUCCCCACUGUUUCCAGCAUUCCACCAGCUGAGGGUCCUGUCUACUUGGGGAAACCUGCUGCCGCUAAGGCCCCCGGAUCUGGAGGCCAAUUAAGGCCAGAGCUGCCAACAGGGACUGCACGGGAAGAAGCUGUUUCUACAACCACCCCUGCUACCAUCAAGGAAGCUGCAGCAGCCCCAGCCCCUGCCCCACUAGCAGGCCAGAAGCCGUCAGGAGAUGCUUCUCCUGGGGGUGCCAGUGGGGCCCUCAGCCGGCCAGGACUUGAGAAGGAGGAAGUGUCACAGGAGGAGAGGCAGCGGAAGCAGCAGGAGCAGCUGCUACAGCUGGAGCGAGAGCGGGUGGAGCUGGAGAAGCUGCGACAACUGCGGUUGCAAGAGGAGCUAGAGCGGGAGCGGGUGGAGCUGCAGCGGCAUCGUGAAGAAGAGCAGCUGCUGGUGCAGCGGGAGCUGCAGGAGCUGCAGACCAUCAAGCACCAUGUGCUGCAGCAGCAGCAAGAGGAACGCCAGGCUCAGUUUGCACUGCAGCGGGAGCAGCUAGCGCAGCAGCGGCUGCAGCUGGAGCAGAUACAGCAGCUGCAGCAGCAGCUGCAGCAGCAGCUAGAAGAGCAGAAGCAGCGGCAGAAGACUCCUUUCCCUGCAGUCUGUGAGGCACCUGGCCGAGGGCCUGCCCUCGCUGCCACCGAACUGGCCCAGAACGGCCAGUAUUGGCCACCCCUGACCCACACAGCUUUCAUUGCUGUGGCAGGGAAUGAGGGGCCUGGGCAGCCUCGGGAGCCCAUGCUGCACCGGGGUCUCCCCAGCUCAGCCUCAGACAUGUCACUGCAGACUGAGGAGCAGUGGGAGGCAGGCCGCAGUGGCAUCAAGAAGCGGCACUCCAUGCCACGCCUGCGGGACGCCUGUGAGCCAGAGUCGGGUCCUGAGCCCUGCGUGGUCAGGAGGAUUGCAGACAGCAGCGUGCAGACAGAUGAUGAGGAUGGGGAGGGCCGCUACCUCCUGACCCGGAGGCGCCGAACUCGGCGGAGUGCUGACUGCAGCGUGCAGACGGACGACGAGGACAAUGCCGAGUGGGAGCAGCCGGUGCGCCGCCGCAGGUCCCGUCUUUCCCGCCACUCAGACUCGGGCUCUGACAGCAAACACGAUGCCACUGCCUCGUCAUCCACUGCCACCACCGCUGUAAGGGCCAUGAGCAGCGUGGGCAUCCAGACCAUCAGUGACUGCUCUGUGCAGACGGAGCCUGACCAGCUGCCCAAGGUCUCUCCAGCCAUCCACAUCACAGCUGCCACCGAUCCCAAGGUGGAGAUUGUCAGGUACAUAUCAGCGCCAGAAAAGACUGGGCACGGGGAGAGCCUGGCCUGCCAGACGGAGCCAGAUGGGCAGGCCCAGGGUUUGGCCGGGCCGCAGCUUGUAGGACCAACUGCCAUCAGCCCCUACCUGCCUGGCAUCCAGAUUGUCACCCCAGGGCCCCUGAGCAGAUUUGAGAAAAAGAAGCCAGAUCCCUUGGAGAUUGGGUACCAGGCCCACCUGCCUCCGGAAUCUCUCUCACAGCUUGUGAGUCGCCAGCCUCCCAAGUCUCCCCAGGUCCUCUACUCACCAGUCUCGCCCCUGUCCCCACAUCGGCUCCUGGACACCUCCUUUGCUUCCAGUGAGAGGCUGAACAAGGCUCAUGUGAGUCCCCAGAAGCACUUCACGGCUGACAGCACUCUCCGCCAGCAGACGCUGCCUCGCCCCAUGAAGACCCUGCAGCGGUCCUUGUCUGACCCUAAGCCCCUCAGCCCCACCGCCGAGGAGUCUGCCAAAGAGAGAUUCUCCCUCUACCAGCACCAGGGGGGACUGGGUAGCCAGGUGUCGGUGCUGCCACCCAAUGGCCUGGUCCGCAAGGUGAAGCGGACACUGCCCAGCCCCCCUCCAGAGGAGGCUCACCUUCCCCUGGCUGGCCAGGCCCCCCCACAGCUGUAUGCAGCCAGCCUGCUGCAGCGAGGGCUGGCGGGGCCCACCGCUAUCCCUGCUACCAAGGCCAGCCUGCUCCGGGAGCUGGACCGGGACCUGCGGCUGGUGGAGCAUGAGUCCACCAAGCUGCGCAAGAAGCAGGCGGAGCUUGAUGAGGAGGAGAAGGAGAUUGACGCCAAGCUCAAGUACCUGGAGCUGGGCAUCACACAGCGCAAGGAGUCUUUGGCCAAAGACCGAGGUGGACGUGACUACCCACCCUUGCGAGGUCUUGGUGAGCAUCGUGACUACUUGUCAGACAGUGAGCUCAAUCAGCUGCGGCUCCAGUGCUGCACCACUCCCGCCAGCCAGUAUGUGGACUUUCCUGUCACUGCCGCUGCUCCUUCCACCCCCUCUGGCCCCACUGCCUUCCAGCAGCCCCGGUUCCCACCUCCAGCCCCACAGUACACUGCAGGCAGUGGUGAGCCAACUCAGAAUGGAUUCCCAGCCCAUCAGGCACCCACCUACCCUGGCCCCAGCACAUACCCAGCACCUACCUUUCCUCCUGGCACCAGUUACCCAGCUGAGCCUGGCUUGCAAGGCCAGCAGACUUUCCAUCCUACAGGCCAGUAUGCAGCCCAAACAAUCAUGCCAACCACACAAAGCACUCUUUUUCCUGUCCCAGCUGACAGCCAUGCCCCCCACCAGAAGCCACGCCAGACAUCACUAGCCGACUUGGAGCAGAAGGUGCCUACCAACUAUGAGGUGAUCACCAGCCCUGUUGUGGCCAUGUCCUCAGCUCCCUCUGAAACCAUCUAUAGUGUCCCAGCAGUGAGCAGCAGCUAUGAGCAGGGCAAGGCCCCUGAGCUGCCCCGGGCCAGUGACCGUGGCAGUGUGAGCCAGAGCCCAGCCCCCACCUACCCCUCUGACUCACACUACACCAGUCUGGAGCAGAACGUUCCUCGGAACUAUGUGAUGAUUGACGACAUCAGUGAGCUGACCAAGGACAGCACCUCUGCUGCCCCUGAUAGCCAGCGGCUAGAGCCCUUGGGCCCAGGCAGCAGUGGGCGCCCAGGGAAAGAGCCUGGAGAACCAGGUGUCCUUGAGGGGCCUGCACUGCCCUGCUGCUAUGCCAGAGGAGAGGAGGAAUCUGAGGAGGACUCAUAUGACCCCCGUGGGAAGGUUGGCCAUCAUCGGAGCAUGGAGAACAAUGGCCGACCAGCCAGUGCCCACUACUACAGUGACAAUGCCAACAGACAUGGGACUCGAGCAGAGAAAUAUGGUCCAGGGCCUGUGGGGCCCAAGCAUCCCUCCAAGAGCCUGGCCCCAGCUGCCAUCUCCUCAAAGCGCAGCAAGCACCGGAAGCCGGGCAUGGAGCAAAAGAUCUCCAAGUUCUCACCUAUUGAAGAGGCCAAGGAUGUGGAGUCGGACCUGGCCUCCUGCCCCCCACCUGCAGUCAGCAGCAGCCUGGCCUCCCGGGGCAGGAGGUUCCAGGAUGAAAUUACCUACGGGCUCAAGAAGAAUGUGUAUGAGCAGCAGAGGUACUACGGGGUCUCCAGCCGGGAUGCAGUAGAGGAGGAUGACCGCAUGUAUGGUGGGAGCAGCCGGUCCCGGAUGGCAUCUGCAUACAGUGGGGAGAAGCUGUCCAGCCAUGAUCUCAGUGGCCGAGGCAAGGGGUAUGAACGGGAACGGGAGGCUGUGGAGCGACUUCAAAAGGCAGGCCCCAAGCCCUCAUCCUUGAGUAUGGCCCACAGCCGGGCACGGCCCCCCAUGCGGGGCCAGGGCUCUGAAGAGGAGAGCCCUGUCAGCCCCUUAGGGCGGCCCCGCCCUGCUGGGGGGACCCUCCCUCCUGGGGAUGCCUGCCCACAGUUCUGCUCCAGCCACUCAAUGCCUGAUGUCCAGGAGCAUGUCAAAGACGGACCUCGGGCCCACUCAUAUAAGCGUGAGGAGGGCUACAUCCUGGAUGAUUCCCACUGCGUGGUUUCCGACAGUGAAGCAUAUCACCUGGGCCAGGAGGAGACGGACUGGUUUGAUAAGCCCCGGGAUGCCCGCUCUGACCGGUUCAGGCACCAUGGGGGCCACACAGUCUCCUCCUCCUCCCAGAAGCGAGGCCCUGCCAGGCACAGUUACCACGACUAUGAUGAGCCCCCCGAGGAAGGCCUAUGGCCUCACGAUGAGGGUGGCCCAGGCCGCCAUGCCUCAGCCAAGGAACACCGGCACCACAGUGACCAUGGGCGGCACUCAGGCCGCCACACUGGUGAGGAGCCAGGAAGGCGUGCUGCCAAACCACAUGUUCGGGACCUGGGUCGCCAUGAGGCCCGGCCCCACUCUCAGCCCAGCCCUGCCCCAACCAUGCCGAAGAAGGGUCAACCUGGGUACCCCAACUCUGCUGAACAUUCACAGCCAUCCCGUGUUCCAUCAGCAUACCAUCAUGCCUCUGACAGCAAGAAGGGCUCCCGGCAGGCCCACUCCAGUUCUGCUGCUCUGCAUCCAAAACCAGAACCCCAGGCACAGCCGCAGCUGCAAGGUUGGCAGGCAGCUCCAGGGCCACAGCAGUCACAGCCACCACUACACAGGCAGAUGCCCUCAGGGGCAGCAUCACGCCAGCCACAGACACAGCAGCAGCAGCAGCAGCAGCAGCAGCAGCAGCAGCAACAGCAGCAACAAGGCCUUGGGCUGCAGCCUCCCCAGCAGACCCCGUUGCAGGCUCGGCUGCAGCAGCAGAGCCAGCCAACUGCCCGGGGCCCAGCCCCUGCUGCCAGCCAGCCAGUAGGGAAGCCUCAGCCAGGCCCCAUGACAGCCACAGGCCCCCAGCCAGCAGGACAGCCACGGGCAGAACAGGCAAAUGGCUCCAAAGGGACAGCCAAAGCACCCCAACAGGGGAGGGCUCCUCAGGCCCAGCCAACACCAGGACUUGGACCUGCAGGCAUGAAGGCUGGAGCCAGGCCUGCAGGGACCCCAGGGGCUACUACUAGCCAGCCAGGAGCCGAAGGGGAGAGUGUGCUCUCCAAGAUCCUCCCUGGCGGGGCAGCAGAGCAAGCCGGCAAGCUGACAGAAGCUGUCUCUGCUUUUGGCAAAAAAUUUUCUUCAUUCUGGUGA